AAUUUACGUACGUUGGAAAGGCCUGCACGGCUCAUGCAUGAAUAUCUGGUACCAGCAAAACUUAACACGUUCGGCAAGGGUGCAACAUUAAUCCGAACAACGUUCCCCGUAUCCUUACCCAGACCCUCAUUCGGAAGUCUACCUACCAACCCAUCGAGCUCAUAUUGCGCCCAAAGUCGGGGAUGCUACUUCUUGCUUUACCUCUCAGUUGUGGAUGUUAAAGAUAGUAGAGGCAUCUGGCCUCUCAAUACCCCCUCCCCGUUCCUAAUUUGGCAGCCCGAUGUCUUGGGAUUUGCUGAAGCGGUUCAUCGAGAGCGAUGUCUUUAACCAAAACCCCUUCCUCUCCGUAGCAUAUCUUUCACGAUACGCGGAUCAUGUCGGAAUUACCUACGUCCUGUGCUCGAAGUUGCGCCAGUUCAGUUAUGAGGAGAUUGAGUUCUUCUUACCACAACUAUGCCACCUAAUAAUAAGUCUGGACAAUGAGUCGAUGGCAUUGGAGGAGUUUAUUUUGGAUCUAUGCGAAGAAUCCGUGAAUGGCGCGUUGCUUACUUUCUGGCUCUUCCAAACUUACCUUUACGAUUUAUCGAGCAACCCUCAAUCGACGGCUUUCAAGACAUGUAGGAGGAUAUACAACAAAGUCCAGCGUAUCGUCUUCGGCGUGACGGACACAGCGCGGGUGGAGAAAAUUAAGGAGAACACGUUGCCCGUCACGGUUCUGGCAAGUUUUGUACUGGCCAGUAUAGGGAUGCCUGGGCUUCCCAGGUGGGCUGGGCCACUGGCAAUAUCACAGGCGCGAAAGCCGCAAGAAAGUGAAGCAACUGUAUCGGAUUCAAGCCAGACGCAAAAAUUAGCAAGGAGCCAUACGGUAGCAGGGAGUGGAAGCCGGCAAAGGAGGCCGAGGGAUUCCCUAAGAGCAGCUAGCGCCACUGACAUGAGGGUGGGAGGAGAAUCGGACGGCAAAACCCCUCUAGGGGCGUCGUUGGAGGUCAGGCCGCCAUCGUCACAGUCAACCCGCAAAUCCGCUCUAGAUGGAAGCACGAAACGGCCAUCACAUUUUGCAUUACAACCCCCAGAUGCGCAAUCUAGCACGAUCUCUUUGCCAUUACCAGAGCCAAGCUCACCGAAAUCUGUGGCCCGCCCUCUCACGCCGCUCGCUGCCCGAUCUGGCCCACGGCCAGAUGUACCACACAGGCGGCAUACCCACCAGGUUAGGCCGUUAUCCCCUUCGGUUCUCAAUACCCGCCAGAAAGGGAAGCUUCUUCGGCAAAAUUACUUCAGGAGUGAGAUUCAAUUUUUGACUGCCUUGGAAAACAUCUCAAAUCGACUUAUAAUGGUACCGAAGGCGGCCCGACUAAGCGCUUUACGUGCAGAGCUCGUUAUGAUCGCUCAAGAUCUGCCAGCAGAGGUUGAUAUCCCGGUGAUAUGCCCCGCGACUCUCGUUGAUGGGGUUCCAAGCAAAAGCAAGCAUCACAGAAUCGUUCGACUGAACCCUACUGAAUGCACUGUUUUGAACAGUGCCGAAAAGGUUCCAUAUCUCCUAAUGGUAGAGGUCUUACGGGAUGAUUUCACAUUUGAACCUGAAGCGUCAGAAAACGAUGCGUUGCUGAAGAAGCUCCUUGCCGAGCAGGGCACAAGUAGAAGGCGGAUAUUUGACCUUCAAGAUGCACCACGACUACCCACUGUUGAGGCCCAGCAGCCUAGGUCAGUACCUGACAGUGUUUUUGAGCCCGCUCAGGGUGACCUUGGAACAUCUCCUGCAAUACAAGGGGAGGAUGAAGGGCACAUUCCAGCGGUGCCAGACCUCAUUAGAAGCACCUCUGUAUCCAGUCCCUCCACGGCCACACAAUCCACUGUCCAAUCAAUAACCUCAUCUCAUCCAACACCACGGACGUCUGGAACCUCCAACUCUGGAUCAAGCAGCCCGGGUCAACCCCGAAAGUCGACCCUACCUCUUCACAGCCGAUCAAGCGGUUCGGACCAACCCAACUACCCGGCAUUAGCGACUCAUAUCCGAACUGCGGCCCAAAUGCUGACACAACUGGAAUCCGCGAGUGGAAAACGGCCGCGGAGCGAAGUCGACGCAAUCCGCGCAAAGAUUAUCGCAAGUAUGCAAAGCUUGGAGGAGCAAAGUUUUGGCACUCACGAUACACCCACUUUCGAUACGAUAAUGGCCAACGCAAAUGCAGCCCCAGUGAACAACGAUGAUGAAGACGUUGAAGGUCUAGCACUGGGAUUGGUCACCACUGGAGCUGGCGCUGCCCGAAUGGAGAACGAUGAGAAAACUGGAGGUGUGCAAAGAAAGGGAGAUCGGGACGAUCCAAGUGCAGCCAUGUUUGGUGAGGCUUGGUCGGAGAAAAAGGAACGCAUCAGAAAGUCUUCGCCAUAUGGUUGGAUGUCGAAUUGGGAUCUCAUCAGUGUCAUCGUGAAGACGGGAGAUGAUCUGAGGCAAGAAGCGUUUGCUUGCCAGCUGAUUCAAGUUUGUGAUAAAAUAUGGCAGGAUGCUGGCACUCCUGUGUGGGUCAAGCGGAUGCGUAUUCUGGUGACGGGUGAAUCGUCAGGCUUGAUAGAAACGAUUACCAAUGGUAUCUCCUUGCACUCAAUCAAGCGCAGUUUGACACUGGCAACUAUUGAAGCCGGAAACAACCCACGAGGCAGAAUAGCCACACUUCGUGACCAUUUUCUGAAGGCGUUUGGAGACCCAGAGGGAGAGCAGUACAAGGCAGCCGUCACGGAAUUCAAGCGGUCACUUGCGGCAUACAGUAUCAUCUCGUAUGUCCUGCAACUUAAGGAUCGGCACAACGGCAAUGUGCUCAUCGACAACGAGGGGCACAUUGUUCACAUCGACUUUGGAUUUAUGUUGUCUAAUUCCCCUGGGUCGGUCGGCUUCGAAGCUGCUCCAUUUAAGCUCACACAAGAUUAUGUGGAUGUCUUGGGUGGAGUAAACUCUGCAGAAUUCCAGGAUUAUAAGGUGUUAUGCAAGCAGGCUUUCCAAGCUCUACGACGCUCUGCGGAUAGCAUCAUCGACCUUGUCAGCCUAAUGGGCCACGGAUCCAAGAUGCCAUGUUUCCAAUAUGGCGUACUACAAGCCACGAAUAUGCUACGCCAAAGGUUCCAGCUACAGUUGAGUGCUGAUGAGGCAGAGAAGUUUGUUGAGACAGACUUGAUUGCCAAAUCGCUGGGAAGUUAUUAUACACGAUUAUACGACACAUACCAAUACCGGACACAAGGUAUAUACUAGAGGCAGUUGUCACAAGUUGCACCUGCCUGAAUCAUAGCGCAGCGAAAAUGAUAUCGAGUCACGGCAUCUGGGCGUGGGCGUUUGUUUGAACAUUACGGGAUGCAUCAUGUCCAGAAACAGAUCUGAGAGCAUUAGUGAGAACUGGUUUUUGAUUUGGCGGGUGAUGCCGCUGGGGAUAUAUAGAAAACGACCUUUUGAAUUAUUGUAUAUAGGAAAAAGCUGGCUCGGCCCACAGUAUGAAGUGGUAUUGAAGAUCUUUGUUCUUGA